AAGUACCGUGUGUGUAUAUUAAUAGCAUCUCUUACUCGAUAUACACCACAGUCCAACUAAUUCAGAGUGAGAGAGUGUCCAAAAAAAAAAAAAAAACAGAGGAAAAGAAAUGGAAAGUGGAUGGAAAAAAUGGGGUUUCCAAGGAAAUGAAGAGCUGAACAUGGCAUCGGGCAUGACCAUCAGAGGUAUUCUAACCACAUUAAUGGAAAAUCUAAAUGAAUCUGAUGACAGACCACCAAUUCCUCUGGGCCAUGGUGACCCCUCUGUCUUCCCCUGCUUCCAAACCACUCCAGUGGCCGAAGACGCCAUUGUUGAUGCUGUUCGAUCGGCUAAAUUCAACUGCUAUGCUCCGGUGGUUGGUAUUCUUCCAGCCAGGAGGUCCAUUGCAGAGAAACUUUCAUGUGAUCUACCAUUUAAUUUAACACCUGAUGAUAUCUACCUCACUGUUGGCGCCAACCAUGCCAUUGAAAUCAUACUAACAGUCCUUGCUCGUCCCGGUGCCAACAUAUUGCUUCCUAGACCAGGCUAUCCAUUCUACGAAGCUCGCGCUGCAGUUAGCCAUCUUGAAGUUCGCCAUUUUGACCUUAUCCCGGAAAAAGGUUGGGAGGUUGAUCUUGAUGGUGUGGAAGCCCUUGCAGAUGACAAAACUGUUGCUAUGGUUAUCAUCAAUCCCGGAAACCCAUGUGGGAAUGUUUUCACAUAUGAACAUUUGAAGAAGGUUGCAGAGACUGCAAGAAAGCUUGGGAUUUUAGUGAUUGCAGAUGAAGUUUAUGCUCACCUAGUGUUUGGGAGUAACCCUUCUGUGCCAAUGGGAAUGUUUGGAUCAAUCUCACCUGUGAUGACACUAGGUUCUAUCUCAAAGAGAUGGAUUGUCCCCGGUUGGCGUCUUGGUUGGAUAGCAACAACUGAUCCAAAUGGCAUCCUUCACAAAACUAGGAUUACUGAGUGUUUGAAGAGCUAUGUCAACCUCACCGCUGAUCCUGCAACCAUUACUCAGGGGGCAGUUCCUCAGAUCAUUGAGAGAACGCCAGAGGAUUUCUUUUCGAAGAUUAUUGGUAUGAUCAAAGAAGCUGCAGAUACUUGUUACGACAAACUCGAGGAAAUUCCUUGCAUCACCUGCCCACACAAACCAGAAGGAUCCAUGUUUGUAAUGGUGAAGCUAAAUCUGCAAAUUUUGGAAGGCAUAAACGAUGAUACAGAGUUCUGUAUCAAGCUUGCUAAGGAGGAAUCUGUGAUUGUUCUGCCAGGGAUUGCCGUGGGAAUGAAGAAUUGGCUGCGCAUAACUUUUGCUGUGGCGCUUUCAUCUCUUGAAGAUGGCCUUGGGAGAAUCAAAGCCUUCUGUUUGAGGCAUGCCAAGAAGACUUGAUAGAAUUCCUUGGUUCCUCCAAACCAUAAGAUUUGAGUCCUGAUGAUCAACCUCAGUUGAUUGGAUCCAAAUGUUUGUAAUAUAUAAUAGUGGCAUAAGUAUGUGAACUUUGAGAUAUAUUGUUAUUUAGAAUUAUCUUGGUCAUUCAAGUCUAAGAAUAAUUCUCAUUCUGCUAAAGUUUCGAGACAUAAGAUGUGUUGGGAGAGAUGACAAUAAACAAACACAGCGGAAUAAUUCUUCUCCCUAUA